AUGGCCACUCGAGACGAGAUGACGCUGCCAGCGUCUCGCCCCAAAUCGCGAAAGUCCUUGGGUAGCAUACCCUCAGCAGGCGUAAUGGAUCAGGAGAAUAUGACAACGGAUUUCACAGCAUUAGUAAAGGGGAAAAGGACGCCGACAGAGAAGGUCUUGAAGAAGUCUCGGAGCAAGAGCAUAGGACCUGGUGGACUCGACGCGCUGAAAAGCACCACAGGGAACCGUCGCAAAUCUUUAGCAACAAUACCUGCGCCUGCUCCCCGAUCGAUACUCAAACCUACAAUGCCCCCUCUUCGAGAAAUUCCCGCGCAUAAAUCAACGCGAAAAGGGAGUCCAAAGAAAGCUACCCCGCAAUCACCAAAGAAGUCGAGCGAUUUAAUUGACUUUGAUGUUGCGCCUACACCUGGCGCAACGAUCACUGGCGCCGAUAACCUGCCAAAUCCUUUCAACGUUAAUGGAAAUCCAGCUGUCAAUGAGACACGGGUUACUCUGAGAACGGAAGAAGAACAAGAAGCCGCCGCCAGAGAACGCGAGGAGCAGGAAAGGAAAGAGUUGGAGAAGGAGGUCAUCUCGAGACGUGAUGCCAGAAGGAAAUCUCUGGCCAACCGUCGAGUAUCAUUUGCGCCAGAGGCAACCUUACACACGUGGGAUGUUGUUGUUGAGUAUCAAGAUUCCACAACCUCGUCGAAUGCGACAAAUUCCACUCGCCGAGCAUCAUCUAUUUCGGAGCCGCAGACCCCGGGACACGCAAACUCAGACCCUUCCGAGCCACCUUCGACGCCUCCUGAACAGGUGGAGGAGGAGACAGUUACGGCAAGCCCUGCGCAUCAGCGAGAUUUGCACCAGAAAAAGCGCCGACGAAGUUCUGGCAUACCGCCAAUGAACUUCAACAACCCAGACGACGAGGAAGUGUUUUCCUCCAGCCCCCUCAGCGGAAGCUCUACGGCAGAUACCGAGGAGAUUGUUGAAGAUGAUGAAGAUGUUCGUUCCGAUACCAACAGCAAUUCAGACAAUGAUGAUGAGACUGCCAUGAGCAUGGACGGGGGAGAAACAACUGAUAUGUCAAUGGCAUCUGUCAAAUCUGCUUCGACAUCUGGAUCAAGCAGUCGUCUCGAUGAAGCUUUGAGAGAAGCAGCGCGUCUAGCAGGCACUCAAGGCAUCGACUUCGACGAGCAUGGGGAGCAGGAAUUAACAGAAGAAGUCGUAGCUUCUUUUGCGCCUUUCAAUAAGCCCGCGCCUUUGCUCAACCUGGAAUCCCAGGAGGAUCAAGAAAAUAUUGAUCCUUUCUCGGCGACAUCCAGAGCUAGCAAGUCGGUAAUCCAGGAUGAUCAAUCUGAAAAUGAGGAUAUGACAAUGGACAUCACAAUGGAUAUGACCCGCCCAAUGGGAGGCAUAAUAGCAGGCCAGGAUCAAAAUGAUGAUGAGAUGUCGAUGGAUGUUACACAUGCAUUCGGAGGCAUAAUUUCAAACGACAUUAACAAUGCCAUCUCCAAAGCCAAAUCUGCUGGAGCUGGUCGGCGCCAGAGCACUCGCCGGAAAUCUACCAGUGAAGACACCUCAGCAGGUGAUGAAACUGUGGAUCUUACAAUGGCUAUCGGCGGCAUUCGCACAUCGCAGAGUAACGACGCAGAUGGGGAUGAAGACAUGACUAUGGACUUUACCACUGCAGUUGGUGGUGUCCUGCCGCAAGGAAGACAAAAUAAUAAAUCUCGAAGGCAAUCCUCGGCUACGGCUAAAAAGAGACAAACAAGGUCUACGAGAGAGAGUCUCAGCUCUGAUUUUGGAGAUGAAGCUAUGGAUAUGACGUCCGCUGUGGGUUCUAUCUUGAACUCGGUAAAAGAAUCUAUAGCAGAUGAAUUGGAUGCCACCACUGGGAUGGAAAUAACGACGGCUCUGGGAGGUAUCCUGCAGCCUGGAUCCAGCUCUAAAAACAAAGCCCAAGCCAAAAGAAUCAUGGAACUGGAAGCUGAUCUUGGUAGCUCUCCCUUUCAGAUAGACAUAAUACCUAACUCACCACCAAAGAAUGCCGCUUCAACACAUACAGCCGCCUCAGAAACUGGUAGUCCAAGUAUGACAGGCUUAAGAGGCAAAGGACUUCGCCGAAGCACAGAGGCUAGGAAAUCAACAACGCCAAAGUCGAAGCUUAAUGGUGGUAGCACACCAGUGAAGAAGCCAGCUACGCCGUCGAAACAACUCACUCCUCAGCCGCUAAGGCCGACAACUCCCAGCAAAACACCGCCUUCAAAGAAUAUUUCCAUACGCUCAGCAUCUCCUAAAAAGUUGUUCAAAGACGAAAUCCAGGCGGUUGCGUCCACUCCUCGAUCAGCAAAAUCAAAAACUGCUGCUACACCCAACAAAUUGUUUCAGACUGGUACCACAACACCAAAUUUUGUAUUGACGCCUCAACGACGACGAUCCUCUGGAGUUGGCCUUGACCGCGAGGGACUCGGUUCUCCACGAGUUGCCGCUCUGCUUGAUCGUCGAGUCUCAAUUGGCGAACAGGCCAGAACCUUCACACCUAGUAAACUCACUGACUACGUUGCUGGUGUUCGCUUUCAGGAUCCGAGAGCUAUUGGAGAAGAGAUAGACAAGGAGCGUCAACAGGAUGAGGAUCGUGAGAAUGGUCGUAGUAUCCUCGAGCGUGAAGUAAAUCAACCUGGGGAAGAAAAAGACGCAACACUGAAUCUGAAGGAAAUGAUUCAGAGUUUAACACCAAAGAAGAAGGCUAUGAAGCCGCGUAAAAGCUUGCACGUUGGCGCUGCUAAAGGAAUUUUAGGGAAACGACCUGCUGAGUUGGAUGAGGACGAGGAUGACGAUGAAGGCGGGAUAAAACGCUUGAAAGGUCACCAUGGAAGUCCCGUUAAAAAUGUGAAACUCCAAGGGCCGCCAACAAAAUCAGAGACGACGACUGGCCGACUAACCCGCGCUGCACGUAAAAGUCUGGAGGAAGCAACCGCAACAAUUGCUACCCCAACAACUUCCACGCCAAAUGUGGUCAAGCCGACCACACCCAAGGAUCAAGGAAGAUUUAAAGAUACUGGUGCAAUAACUGCGGGGCCCAUGGUCGAGAAGAAUCCGGUUGAAGAGCCUCCGAUCGAUGAUGAAAGCUUUGAGGAUGAACGUAUCCAGCUCCAGGACUUUCUAAACAUGACCAACAUCCACUUUAUGGAAUUGACAGCAACCAAACGACGUCACACACUCGCGCCGAAGUCUGACAUAGACUCGAGGGAACCAAGGGAUGUAGCAGAUGUCUCGCUUGAAGAUUGUAUUGCCGCCGGAGCCGCGACUAUUCCAAUGUUAGAACUCUUUCAACAUGCCUGUCAUGAGUUGAAGAGCUACAUCUCCGAAGGCAGAAAGACAGUCCGGGAGAUUGAGAGCGAAACUUUCGAAGAAAACCCCCCACUCUUCCGUGAAUAUAUUUCAGCGACACCAGAUAUCAGGCUUGUGAUGGACAAUCAGCUCAAGAAUGUAAAGACGCAUGCGAGGCUUCUCAGUAAGGAAAUGUGGUAUGACUGGCGGAUGACACUUCUUGGUACUCUUAAGGAAGGUCUGUUUAGAACCGGGGAAGGAAUGAUUGAAGACGAGGAAGUGCUUGAUCAUCAGUAUAGCUUGCUUAAAUCUAUUCUUCCAGAUUUGGUGCGGCAGGCAGAAGGGCUGGAGAGAGAGGAAGCUGAUCUAAACGCUGCUGCCGAAGAUUUGGCAAGUUGCGAUCCAGAAGUCCUCAGCACAGCUCGUCAAGAAUUGGUGUCUGUUGAUUCGGAGAUUGAGGCUAAAAAGCGGAUGAUUCAAGAUCUUCAAAGUCAAUUGGAAGCCAAAGACCGUGAGAUCACUUCUGGUAAUGAACGCAGACAAAUUUGUAUCGAAGAGAUCCGCGAAGCGGAAAAGGUCAGAGAAGAGUGUCGAGGCUGGACAUCUGGCGAAAUCAGCUCUCUAAAAGCCAAGGUAGAUACGAUUGAGCAAGAGCAUGGCUGGACCAUCACAGGUGUAUCUGGCAGUACAACCUCAAUGACUUAUCUGAAAGACAUUGAGCUUGUUUUCGACGCCGCGUCAUUUCUAUCAAACACUUCGCAGUCUUCGACUAAGCCCGUUGGCGAAAGUCGAAUUGACCUGUGGUAUAUCGGCGGUAACCGCGAACUCAAUCCACGACCUCUGACUAUCGAGAAGGAGUUCUUCUUGCAGAGCAUCCGUGACCACGCUCGAGGUUUACCCCAAUCUCAAACCAAAGUCAAAGACCUCCUCCGUUCUGUCAGUUCAUCCUGGAACAAAGCAUGUUCUAUCGUCGAUGAAAUCCGUCUGCUCAAAGUCAGCUGCCCAACCCUAAUCAGCAAAACCUCUGACAAUUCUAUUGCGAUUAAAUCGACACUCCUUAUUGCACCAUUGACCACUAAAGUCGAAAUCACCAUCGACUUGACAAGCCAGAGUGGCAAUGAUGGUAUUCACGUCGAGAUGAAUCCUACCGCUACAGUCGUGUACGGGGAGCGCUUCAAUGAGCCGAAGAUGGGAGAAUUCCUUUUGAAUAGAUGUGGUAAUGUAGUCGAAGAGAAGGGCAAGUCGACGAAGACUUCUUGGGGUGCUGCGGUUGCUGAGCUGGGUGAGAAGUUGCUUGCCAGAGGGCGCAAGUGA